AAAGUUUAGUGAAAACGUAAAAUGAAAUCGCGACACGUCUCUCAAACUACACCUGACUCAGGAAAAUAUCGCGAACAAUUCAAAUAAAUCUGGAUUGCUUCUGACAUCUGCGCUUAUCUCGAUCGCAUUCGAUCGAGAUCAAUCAACUUUAGUCGAAUCUAGAAAGUAGCGGUAGAAAAAGGGAACGAAAAAAAUUUGGAAGGUCUAAACUUUUACAGCACCUCGAUGCAGCACAAUCUUGUCUGAUAGAGUAAUAAAAUCAUCCAAUCGAUUCUGAAGUCGACUCAACGACAAACUGUCAUUCGUCGUUGCGUAUUGAAGCGUGAAUAUUAGAAUCUCAUCAAGAUCGGAUCGAAUGAUCAUUUCGAAAGGAGACAAUGUCCUUCUGCAGGAUCACGGGUAGAAGCCGGGGUCUCCCCAGGCCGAAUUACUUUCCGCUGCUCCCGCCCAUCAGUCCAGCGGACGCGAAGCGCUUCUGUCGCAUCACCGGCAAGUCCUACGGUCUGCCGACGCAUCAUUACAUUCCGGUGUUGCUCGGCGCGCGCGUGCACGACAAAACGAAAUGCAAGAUAACGACGAACGCGUCUGGUCAGGGACCGCACCACUACACCGCCGGUCUGAUUAUCGGAGAAAAAAAGAGGCACGUGGUGCUCAAGGACUAUCGAUACGUAUUUCCGAUUUUGGAAGGCGAGGGCGAGCAGCAGCGCGCUUUGCGAGAUCUUCUGAGCACGAAGCAAACUCCGAUAGAGGAGGAGGAAAAAUUCGUAUACACGGUGGAAGAGCGAAGAUGCAGUCUUGUGUUCCCGGCAAAGUUGGAGGCCGCCGUAAGGGACGGGGAUGUCAAGGAUGUCAUGCUUUCGCGGGACUGCGACACCGUUUUGCUCAGAUUGAAACAAGGAAAAAACGUGUCCGUGGACUUCAAGAAUCUGGAAGACUUUGAGAAUCUCUACGACGGUCUGGGACCUCGGGAAGAGGUGUUGAAGGAGCGAGAGAAACAGGAGGCUGAGGCGAGGAAGCGAAAACGAAAAAGACAGACUGCGUUGAAUUACGCAAAGAAAAUUUUCGAGGAGAAGGAGCGAGCAGAGGAUGAGGAAGAAUUGCGACGCACCAAACAGCUGAAGCUGCGAAGCAUCAAGGAGGAAAUCAAUAAGGAAACCGCACAGGAUUGGAAUCACGUGGACAUGAAUCAGGCGAGAAGAAAAUCUUCCGACAUCGUGAACAUCUCCAACACUAUCAAAAACGCCGGGAAACCUGUUUCCAAUGUACUAGAUUGGAAUUCGUUUCCGAACAAUGCGAAUAAAUCGGUGGGCAUGCCGGUAAUCGAGGAGAUGCCAGUUCCUGUGAUUGCCGAGCCACAAAUUAUCGAUCGAGAACCAGUUCUGUACAGUCCCGCGUCCGAGUCCGUAGGAGGUUUCGAAGCUAUUGCGAUCGCGAAGCCGUUGACACCUCUGAUCGCGAAACCCGAUUCGGCAUUACAAAGCGCCAUUCAGAACAUAUCCUACGAUAAUCUGAAGGAAAGCGCAGACGUCACGGAGAAGCUGCUGCGGGCCGGAGAAAAAGCGCUGGAUUGUCUGCCCAAGAUGGAAGAGGUUUCCGAGCUAGUGCGAAGUUUGCCAUCCGGUAAGAAGACCACGAUGCACAACAUCAAGGGUCUCAAGUUGGACAUCAAGUCGGCGGAGAGAUUCGUCACCGGUCAAACGAUACAAACACCGUCUGGCGAAGUUUUCGUACCUGGACAGACUCUGACAACUCCUCAAGGUCCUGCUUUCGUUCCUGGACUGACGCUCAAUACGCCUGACGGUCCUCUUCUGAUUCCUGGACAGAUUGUUACUGUGAAUGAAACGGACGGUGCGAAAACACCGGUGUUUAUCGCCGGUCAGACUCUGAUGACCGAGCGGGGCGAGUGCUUUGUUCAAGGUCAAACGUUUCACACGAGCGAGGGCAGCAAGUUCGUCGAAGGUCAAACAGUCCUGACGGAAAACGGUCCGAAAUUCGUAGCUGGUCAUGUAACUACUGAUAGAACUUUUAUUGCUGGCCAAAGUAUAGUCACUCCGGACGGAAUUCGUUUUAUGGCGGGUCAAACUGUCACAGAUUAUCACGGCGAACCGGUCUUCGUACCAGGACAGAACGUGAAAAUCAACGACAAUUACGAAUUCGUUCCGGGUCAAUCUAUCGAGUCGCCUAACAACGAAAUCAAGUUCGUUCCUGGACAAACACUUCUGACGACCGAAGGUUUACAAUUCGUCCCGGGGCAGUACGUGACCACAAAAUCAAACGAGAAGCACUUUGUACCCGGCGUCAUCAGAGAAAUCGAGGAUACUUCAACAUUCGUGCCAGGAAUGACUCUGGACACUCCGAAAGGACAGAAGUUCGUCGAAGGUCAAGUGUUGAAAACGCCCGAAGGCAUGUUCUUCUGUCCCGGACGAACUGUCGUCACCGAGAAAGGCUUUGAGUUCGUCGCGGCUACCAAGUUCGACGAGGUAGUUUUCCAGGAAGCUGGUCCGGUCGGUAUACCAGUGGAUUCUAAGACUGCAAUAUCGAUUCUUCAGCAGCGCGAGGUCUUUGGUCAUAUGGUGCAAACGGAGAAAGGCAUUGAAUUCUUUCCGGAGAACGUGAAGAAUUUGCCAGAAGGAAGAAGGAUUGUGCCAGGUCAAUUGGUCAGUGGAGAUAAAGAUGGACCGCGCUUUGUUCCGGGUGUUAUGACGGAAGACGGUUUCUUGCCGGGUCAGAUAGUUACAACGGAAAAAGGAGAAGAGUUCGUGCCGGGUCAGGUAAUCGACACCAGCAGCGGACCCAAAUUCGUGCCGGGACAGAUAGUAGAAACCCGCGCCGGGCCCAAAUUUGUGCCCGGUCAAACAAUCGAUACUGCGGACGGACCGCGUUUCGUACCCGGUCAGAUUGUUGAGACCAAAGUGGGACCUACGUUCAUUCCCGGUCAAGUAAUCUAUACCGAAGAAGAGGGUUCCAGAUUUGUUCCGGGACAAGUAGUGGACACACCGGAUGGACCGAGAUUUGUGCCAGGUCGCGUGGUGGAAGCUGGCGAGAUGGGUGUGACUUUCGUUCCAGGCCAAAUCGUACAGACGGAAGAAGGACCUUGUUUUGUCGCUCCGGAUCUUAUUGACACACCUGAGGGCGAACUGGAAUUUUCCGUGCAGGGCUUUGAAGUUACGCCCGAGGAGCUGCGUUUGUUGCGACCGCAGCAUCUAAACUACAAUCCACGUUUUCGUCAUCGCGGCGAGACCAGCAUAGACGCAAAGAUGCUGCGUGAAUUGUCAGAGGCGGGACUAUCAGUUGGACGGAAAGUCUCCACGAGUCUGCCGGCGGUAGACGUAGAUGUAGAUCCAAAAGCGGUGGCCUUGGAACAGGCUCUUGCUGUGGCAACAACAAAAUUAGGUCUUCAAGGUGGCACGGCGGUAAAAAUGGCGCAAGUGGUGUCUACAGUCGUGCAAUUGGCGAAAAAUAUAUUUUUACAGCAGCAGCAACGAGAUGCAAAUUCUGAAAACGCAACGGCGAUGUUAACUAACGGCUUCCAGUCUUCUGUUGCAGGAAAAGUUGAAGAAAACAAGUCAAACAAUGACGGUAACGAUGAAUCUCUUCGGGAUACGUUAAAAUCAGCUAUCGCGGCAGCUGUUUUGACGAUAUCGAAUGAGCGGCAGAAAGACGAGACUUCUCAAGAUUUCAUUUAUUCUUCUAUCAGCGAAUCCUUCGACGUUCUACUGCGUCAGAACGAUAAGGACGUCGAACGGUCAGUGGACGAAGUUCUAAGGAUUUUGUUAAUCCCGCAGAAUCGCAGUUCUUUCUGCCAAAGCGUGCUCUCAGAAUUGUUAGACAUCAAAAACAGCAAGGUGGACAUAUUGAAAUCUACGGUAACUUCUGGUCAGUCCUUGCAGAAGGACGCUGUUCUCGAUAAUCUAUCGAUGGUUCUCGAAGAGGAACAUGGUACAGAUUUGAUUGGGCCAGCCUUCAGAACCGUCUCGAGAAAUGAUCCCGAACUCGUGUCGCUCGUUUUGGAGAACGUUUCGCGACGCGUGGCCGACGUGGCGACCGAGAAGGAAGCCGCGGACACGGUCUACAAGGCGAUCGUCGAGGCGGUGCGUGAGUCCAGUGAGAUUCGCGUGAAGAAGUUGCUGAACGCCGAAGGAUCGAACGUGCGCGAGAUGUUGCUGCAAGCGGUGGGUCUGGCACGAGCCCUCGGCAUGUCCGACACAGCGAGUAGCUUACUAACUGUGAUCAGUGACGAGCAAUCUACUUGGGCGUUGGCGAACGACCGAGUGACAAUGGACGUACUGAAGAGGUUGGCGAUCAUGAGGAAACUCGCGGAAGAGCGACCGCCCUUCAUGAACGCGCUCGGACAGUUGUGCAGCGACCCUGAAUUAGCCAGGGCGGACCCACGGCUCAGAACUCUCGUAAGAGAGAGCGCCGCGCUGAUGAUAGUACCGGAAGAAACCCCGUUGUUAUCCUCGGCCGACGUGCCGACUGCGUUGUUGCACGCCGACAACAGUCUGGCGAUGGAAGAGUUCUUGCUACGAAGAAAUCACAAGCCGUCGUCCAUUUUCAUGAUCCUGAAGCAAGGUAUGCAAGCUGUCGUGCCGAGAGAGGCUUCCAGAUCGGUGCUGACCGGUGAAGUCGCCUACACCGUCCUCGACGAGGACGGUAUCCAUCACUUCGAGCCGUUGCACGUGUUCUCGGCGCUUAGACUGAAUCGUCCGGCCGCUCAUCGGUUCUCUAUGUAUUGCUGCCCGAUGGCGAAGGAGGUGGACAUCGACGGCGAAGCCAUGUCCACCACCUUCACAACCGCAACAACUUCGAUCGCCAGCAGUCUGGACGGUUCCGCUAACGGCAGUUCCAACAAGCAAGAAAGCAGCGGCACCGCGACUCUGUCGAGAUCCGAACAUUCGGCGUUUUAUUUAGCUAGCAGAGAAAAUACGCCGAGCCUGAAGAGAUUGAAUAGCGUUCGGCAAAACGACGGAAGCUUCGAGCGGGGAUCCUCGGAAAAUUACGUCGUCGUGAAGGACUACGUGGGGGAGAGCGAUGGUUUCACCGUCAACGUCGGCGACAUCGUCGAGGCCAUCGAGCACGACGACGGUUCAGCGAAGAAAGCGAGGCUGGAUCCCGAUCUGGACGUCGAGAUCGGCGACGUCCUGGACAAUUCGGCCGCCCGGCACAAGCUGUCGAUAAGACCGCGUCGAAAUCACGCGGAUCCGCGCGCUCGUGGCGGCUCGAACAUCAGUUCGGACUCGAAUGUUCAAAGAGUAUAUGUUCGUACAUCCGAUGGGAAACAAGGAUGGCUGCCCGUGAACAUUUUGAUGCAAACGGCACUUAGCGAAGAGAGCUCAUCAUUGUCUCGGCCAGAGGAUUCUCAUUAUCGACGAGAGGCCGUCGUAAAAGAACUAAUCGAGACGGAGGAAGAAUUCGGAAAGGAUCUCCAGGUGGUCGUCGAACGUUAUCUGAAACCCCUCGACAAUCCCGGCGUUCCGCGCGUCGUACGGGACAACAAAGAAAUUAUUUUCACUAAUCUGAAACAAAUAGCUGAUUUUCAUAACACAUCGUUCGGCAGGGUGUUGAUCGAGGGCGUCAAGUACUACGCGGAUCAACCACGUAUGCUCGGCAGAACUUUCUUGAGACUGGAGAGGGAUUUUGACAAGCAUGUGGCGUACUGUAGAGACGAGCCUGCUGCUCAAGAAUUUCUUCAGACGAACGACGAAGUACGCGAAUACUUCGAGGAGUUGAGCCAGACUCUGGGUGACGACAAGAGCAUAUCGGAACACUUGAAGCUACCGAUACAACGUAUAAACGACUACCAGCUCCUUCUAAAGGAGCUGGUGAAGUAUUCGACUCGAUUAGGCGAAAACUGCGACGAUCUGCAAAAGGCGUUAGAGUUGAUGCUAGGAAUCCCCCACAGGGCGACCGAUAACAAAUUUAUAAGCAAUAUCGAAGGCUACAAAGGAAACAUUCACAAACUUGGUAGAUUGCUCACGCACGAAUGGUACACAGUUAUCGAUAAGGAGGGAAAAAGCAAAGAGAGAUAUUUGUUCCUGUUCAAAGCGCGAAUCCUCGUUUGCAAAGUCAGACGGAUAUCGGAGGACAGAUCGGUUUUCGUUCUAAAGGAUAUUAUUCGAUUGCCGGAAGUAGAGGUAAAGGAUCAUCCGGCCGACAUACGAUCGUUCGAGCUACACAAUCCGGCUGUUCCCAAUUAUCCAAUCACACUAGUAGCUCACAAAGAUCUCGUGAAGGCUUAUUGGCUCAGAGAAAUCCGUCAGUACGCCAGCGACCUAGUCGCUCUCGCCGAACACGCGGCGGACGAUCUUCAAGUGACCGAGGAAGCGUCGGAGACCAAGGAGGAUCUCAAGAGCGACGAGAAACCGGUACCGGUGAAGAUCGAACCGCCACCGCAAGCGAAUCCAGGUCCACCCAAAGCCCAGGGUAAUCCGAAAGAGGAAGCCAAUCCGAAAGCGGCGAAAGAGGCAAAGACAAAUCCAGAUCCACCCAAAGUCCAGGGUAAUCCGAAAGAGGAAGCCAAUCCGAAAGCGGCGAAAGAGACAAAGACAAAUCCAGAUCCACCCAAAGUCCAGGGUAAUCCGAAAGAGGAAGCCAAUCCGAAAGCAGCGAAAGAGGCAAAGACAAAUCCAGAUUCACCCAAAGUCCAGGGUAAUCCGAAAGAGGAAGCCACUCCUAAAGCGGCAAAAGAAGCGAAGGCGAAUCCAGGUCCACCGAAAGCAGACUCGGUCAAGGACAACGCGAAAGUUGUAGAGAAGAGGAAGGAUUCCGUUGACGCGACCGACGCGUCGGAAGUAAAGAAGACCAAAGUCGAGGAAGAAAACAUGUCUCGAAAAUACUCUUCGAGUCGGUUCAGCGCCUCUUCGCAAGUCGUGGAAGAGUACUCGUCGAUAUCGAGCAGUCGCGAUGGCGUGGAAUCCUCGUACGUGGAAUCGUCCGUCGAGACGAGGAUGGCUUCCUCGUCGCAGGGAAUGGGGCAGAUAACGGAAACCACGGCUUCUUACGAGUCUUCCGCGAUCACCGGAGGAACAACAGCCAGGCAGACAAAAGCCGUCGAGAGCAAGACGUCCGAAGCCAGCGUCGAAGCCACCGUCGAAAGCAGAAAGGCCGAAGCCACCUUCGCUAACGAUGACGUUAGGAAGCCGGUGUUUAUCAAGACGAUAGAAGGAUGCAAUGUGGAACCUACGCGACCAAAAAAGGCAUUGAUACACGCCAUAGCCGGCGAAGUCGCUACUUUCGAGUGCACGCUGCUAACCACGGACGAGAAUACCAGGAUACAAUGGCUGAAGGAUAACAAACCGAUGGAAGACAAAUUGGCAGAUCGCGUUGUUACAUCGUUGACCGACAGCGUAUGUAAACUGGAGAUUCAGAAUGUUCACGAAUCAGAUUCCGGUAUAUAUAUCGCACGAGCUUUAAAUGGAAACGGCGAGGCGACGUGCACCGCGCAGCUCGUGGUUCACCAGUUGAGCCCGGAAGAGAAGAAGGCGAGAGCCGAAGCGAACUCUCCUAUAUUCUUGGUGCGUUUGAAGGACACCGAGCUGCUCGAGAACACGUAUCUGCGCUUUAUGAUCAAAGUCAAAGGGGAUCCCAAUCCGGAAAUAAAAUUCUUCAAAAAUGGCGUCUUGAUCGACGCAAAGCACGAACGCGUAAAAAUUAUCCGAGACAAUGCCGAGAAGGGAUUUUAUGAAAUGGUGAUCGCCGACGUUCAGAAGCAGGAUGCCGGCAAGUAUUCGUGUUCAGCCAUGAACCGUUACGGCGAGACCACUUGCGAGGCAGUGGUAACGGUGACAGAUGAGAAGCCACUCUUCCAAGGUCUUCCCGAAGGUCUUCUCGAGCUUGGGACCGAGCCAAAGUUUCUUUGGUCCCGCGAUGGAGAACCGUUCGAUCCUGAAGAGAGAUUUAAGGUUCUCUUCAAGGAUAACGAGGACACUUUGGCGCUCGUGUUUCAACAUGUUAAACCUGAGGACGCCGGUCUUUACACAUGUGUGGCGCAGACUAGCACAGGUAACAUUAGCUGCAGCGCAGAGUUAACGGUGCAAGGUGCCGUGAAUCAAUUGCUGAAGGACCCGGAGAAGCCAAGACUCCAAACGGAGUCCAAAAAGUCCGAAGUAAACGUCGGUGGUUCCGCGAUGUUGGAGCUCCAGGUGAAGGGCUAUCCCAAGCCGGACAUCAAAUGGACGAAGGACGGUCAGGAGAUCGUGGCCGGCGGUAGGAUCAAGUAUCUCUGGGAGGAUGAAGAGUCUCUGUCGCUGGUGAUCAAACAAGUAACCGCUAAAGACGGCGGCGUGUACACCAUCACGGCGAAAAAUGAGCUCGGCGAGGACAACACGCAGAUCGAGUUGAUCGUCAAGUCCGCGCCGAAGAUCAUAAAGAAGCAGUCGGACAUGAUGAUCCUCAUCGACGAGACGGACACGAUGACCGUACAGGUAGAGGCCACUCCGGCACCGGAAGUGACGUGGUACAAAGACGGCCAGUUGAUUCAGGAGAGCGAUCGCAUCAAGAUUAUCAAGGGGGAUAACGACACGUACAAACUUACGAUCAAGAACGCGAAGCUGACAGACGCGGGCUCGUACUCGAUCGUCGCGCGCAACGAAAUCAAUCAGACGACCGAUAUGUGGAAGGUCGGCAUCAAGUGCCCGCCGAAGAUCAAGAAGAGACUGGGCGAGCCGCGAGUGAUCAACGAAGGCGACACCUUGAAUCUUCUGAUCGAAGUGGACUCCGAGAGCAAUCCGACGGUGAACUGGUACAAGGACGGGGAGCUUCUGACUGCGAGCGAUCGCGUGAAGAUGACGAAAAACGGAAACAAUUAUAUACUCACGGUCACUGGAGCGAAAGUGGAAGAUGCGGCGGUUUACAAGGCCGAGAUUGUCAACCAGCACGGCACUAUCUCAGACGACACGAGAGUCAGGGUACGCGGCAUACCGAGAUUCAAGACGAAAUUGUGCGACAUGAGCGCGAACGAGGGUGAGCUGAACGUCGAGUUCGUGGUGGAGGUGGAGGGUUUCCCGAAGCCGAGCGUGCAUUGGUUCUUGGGCGACGUGGAGAUUACGGAAAAACGCACGGAGUACACGCGUGUGGAAGAGGGCGACAACUACAAGCUCAUCAUGAAGGAGGUGAAGACCGAAUUGAAGGGUUGCUACACUUGCAAAGUGCAGAACGAAUACGGCGAGAACUCGAGCAGCUCCAACUUGACGGUGAACACUCGGCCGAAGUUGCUGAAGAAACUUGCGGAUCAGAGAUUGAAGGAGGGCGAAACGCUGACACUUACGUUCGAAGUGUCGGGCACACCGGAUCCGGAGGUCAAGUGGUACAAGGACGGCGAGGAGGUGACGGCGGACGCCAGGAUCAAGAUCACCAGAGACAGUCAGCGCAAGGAGAGUUACGAUCUGACGGUGACGUUGCUGAAAGGCAGCGACGGUGGAUUGUACGAGGUGCGGGCUGAAAAUGAGCUCGGCUACGUCACCAGCAAGAGCAAAGUCAUCGUGUUGACUGAAACGGAAGAUAAGAAGGUCGAUGAAAAGAUAGAGCCCGCGAAAGAGAGGGUCAAGGAGGUGGCGGCGAACGAAGAGGAAGCGAGGAAAGCGGUGGAGGAGGAACUGCCGCAGAAAACGUCUCAGCGCGCGGAAGAAUCGGAAGCGGAAGGUUGGGUCAGGCUGAAGAAACAAACCGUCCAAGUAAAUCAGGGAGACAAUGAAACAAUCACGAUUUCCAUGGCCUCCACAACAUCACACGAAGCCAUACUCACAGGUCCCGACGAAAGUCACACAAUCAGCAAGAUGACGGCAACGAAAGUCGAGUGUCGGGAGUUAGGGGUCAAUUUCGGUCCCCGCGUCGAGGAAGUGGCCUCUUACGCUUACACCGUGCAAGACGAGACGUCGAAGCCGCAAAACGGCGUGUUGAUUGAAGAAUUCUCGGAGGUCGAAGAGAAAAGAUCGAACACGGCUCUCAAUCGUGGUGUCACGAUCGUUUCGGUAUCCGAUGACGAGUCGACUCUGAAGGCGUUAUCGCGAGACGUCAGCACGGAGGACGUGCAGACGGCCGAUCAACUGCCGGAUGAUCAGAACGGCAUCGUCGACGAAUUUUGUUUCAACGGUACACCGGAAAUAGAAAAGACUCUGGAGGAUAUCAGAGUGCACAGAGUGAGAAUCGCAGAGACUAUUACUGAGGAACAAUUUUCCGAAGAGCCAUUGUCCGCGGUGUUGUCGAGUCGGGAAAGUCUGGAAGUGAAGGAGAUGAAAGUGUCGAGCCAGAGCUCGGCGACUAUCAGCGACGCGACUCCGGCGAAGCAGAUCGCGGAGAAAACUCUCGAUCGAUCGGACUCCGCUGGAGUGGAAUUAUCGAGGGAAACGGCGAAACUUGAAGAGGUGAAAACUUCGACUUUGUCGAGCGGAACGUUGUCGAGACAGAGCUCGCAGAAGGCGCAGCUUGACGAUGACGAGGAAGUUGACGAAGAAAUGAAGGAUCUUCUGGCUCGCGUUAAACGACAGCGUAGUGUGCUAGACGAAAUACUCGAUAGAGAGUCGGGCAGAGAAUCAGCACCGCCCCACGUCGUGAACACGAAUCUUAACGAUCGAACGAUCUUCGAGACGCAGAACCUGAAGUUCGAGGUUACGGCCACCGGUCUGCCGAGACCGGAUGCGGCAUGGAUGAAAGAUGGCAAACCACUCCGUUCGGGCGAGAGGAUCAGAAUCUCGGCUGCCGGCGAGUCUUACGAGAUGGAACUCAGCAAGGCCACUCUCGAGGACGAGGGUGUUUACACGUGCAUACUAACGAACAAACUCGGCGAAGAGACUGUGGAGGGUUAUCUGACCGUCGGUACUGUCGACGAUUUACGAAAACCAAGAUUCACCGAACCAUUAAGCGACGUCGACGUCGCUCUCGAGGCUAACGGCGAGUUCACAACCGUCUUCACGGCCGAUCCGGUUCCUGAUAUUACAUGGUACUGCAAGGGUCAGGAAAUUCCGCCUGACGACUCCAGAAUCAAAUGGACCGUUAAGAACGCUCCUGCGGCAGACAAACUGACGGAAAGUAAAGUUACGCUAAAAGUUCCGAAAUGCACCAAAGAAGAUACCGGCGAAUACACCCUAAAACUGAGGAACAAAUACGGCGAGGCCGAAUCUAGCGCACUCUUGAGUCUUCUAUUGAAACCCGAGAUCGAGAGCUUCAGAGAUUACGGCGCGUCGGUGGACGAACGAGUCGAAUGGCAGGCUAUCAUCAAGGGAAAUCCGAAACCCGAAAUUACGUGGUCCAAGAGCGGCACGGAGCUGCGAAAGGGCGAAAAAUACGACAUGGAGGAGGAUAAGAGAAAUUGCAAAUACAAACUUAUCAUUAAAACUCUCAGUCUGGAAGAUAAGGGCACUUACAGAGUCGUGGCGAAGAAUUAUCUUGGCGAAGCGAGUGCCGAAGCUGCACUCACGCCGCACACCGAAGUUCCGACGUUCCUUAAAGGACUGUCGAAUACGCAGUGCUGCGAUCGCGAGGACGUCGAGCUGAAGAUUCGCGCGACCGGUGUCCCGAAACCGAGCGUCACGUGGCUGAAGGACGGCGAGAUCGUUAAGGAGAACGAACGAUAUCAGGUGACGACUCACGUGGACGGUAUAGUGGACAGCACGUUGUCCGUCAAAACGUUUUCCGCCGACGACGUCGGCAAAGUAACGUGCAAGGCCAGCAAUGUCGCCGGCAGUGUCGAGACAACCUGCAAACUGUCCAUGACGUCGACCGCGCCCUCGUUCGGCAAGGCGUUGCCGAGAUCGGCGGAGGUCGAUGAGGGCGAACCGCUGGAGCUGAAGGCCAAAGUGGACGGUAGUCCGAUACCCAGCAUCGCCUGGUACAAGGACGGCGAAAAGAUCACGCCGGACGAUCACGUGAAGAUCAGCACUCUGCCCGACGGCACUACAAAGCUUACGAUCGACGUGGUGAAGCCCACCGAUUGCGGCGCCUACAAGCUCGUCGUCAGCAAUCCCAGCGGCGAGAAUUCAUCGUUGUGCGCCGUUGCCGUCGCCCCCGAAAGAAGAAAGCCGUCGUUCACGAAGCCGCUGGAAGACACGAAGGCUGUGGUCGGACAGCCGUUGAAACUGGAAGCUCAGGUCUUAGCAUUCCCAAAUCCGCAGGUGCAGUGGUUCAAGGACGGAAUACCGUUGAGACACACGAAAGAGAUGUAUUUCAUGAACGAACCGAACGGUUUGAUUGGGUUGAGAAUGGAUUACGUGCGUCCGGAGGAUGCGGGAACUUAUUCGCUGAUCGUAUCGAACGCGCUCGGUGAGAUCACAGGUACGGCCAAGGUGGAAGUGGAGGAAAGAGAAAGGAGACCGGAGUUCGUUGCGAGUCUUCAGCCGCAAACCGUCGUCAAGGGCUUUCCGGUGAAGAUGGAAGUGAAGACCAUCGGGAAACCGGCACCCGAGCUCAAGUGGUUGCGAAACGACGAAGAAAUUGUGCCAGACAACAAGCACGUGAAGAUCAUCAGCCAACCGGACGGCAGUCAGGUUUUGAUUCUCGACAAAGCGACUCCGGAGGACGCUGGCGAGUACCAAGUGGUAGCCGGUAACACGGAAGGCACCGCGUCCUGCAAGGCCAAGCUUGACGUUGCCGGCAAAGUUCGACCGGACACGCCGGAAGAGAAACCGGCGUUCACCAGUCCCAUGCGCGACGUGUCCGUCGAAGAAGGCCAGCCAUUGGCGCUGGAUGUGUCGUUCGUCGGCAAUCCACUUCCCGACAUCAGCUGGACGAAGGACGGCGAACCAGUCGCGCCGUCGGAACGCGUGAUGAUGAGCUGCGACGGCAAAAAGGUCGGUUUACAGAUCAACCCGAGCGAGCCUAAAGACGCGGGCGUCUACGGCUGCCGGCUGAGCAAUCCGCUGGGCGAGGAUACCACCAGCGCGAACGCCAUCGUUCGCAAGGUCUAUCAGCCGCCGACCUUCAUGCAAAGAUUCACCGACCUGCAGCAGAUGCCUACGUUCGACGCCAAGUUCCCGGUGCGCGUCACCGGCAUUCCGCAUCCGGAAAUCACGUGGUACUUCAACGACAAGCCGAUUCUGAAGGACAACGACAAGUACAAGAUCAAGCGCGACGGCGACGCCUGCUGCUUGUACGUGAAGGACUGCACUUACGACGAUUCGGGACGGUACAGGUGUCGAGCGGUUAACAAAGGCGGUGAGGCGGAGUGCGCGGCUAAUCUGGCUGUGGUCGAUAAAAUCGAGAAGAAGCAGAAGGCCGAGCCGCCGACGUUCUUAAAGAAAAUCGGCGACUGCGAGGUUUACCGUGGCAUGCCGGCGAAGUUCACCGCGUGCGUAACGGGUUCCCCGGAACCUGAUUUCGAAUGGUAUCGCAACGGCGACAGACUCUGGCCCUCCGAUCGCAUCAGGAUGGAUCAGGAGGGUAGUCUGUUGCGGCUCACAAUAGCCAACGUGGACGAGCUGGACGCCGGCAAGUACGAACUGAAGAUAUCCAAUCCUCACGGUCAAGACUCGUGCACUGCCGAAAUGGUUUACGAAUCUUUGGAACCACGCGCCAAGAAACCCCUCGCCGACCAGUACGCGGACUACGACAAGUAUCAGAAAUCUGGCAUUCCUCUGCCGCUUGCGGAUCGUCCGAUCAUCAGCCGCAUGAUGGACCGUCAUCUCACCUUGUCCUGGAAACCGUCCAUCCCGAUCGGGCCGCGAGUGCCGGUGACGUAUCUCGUGGAGAUGUGCGAGCUGCCGGAUGGCGAUUGGUUUACCGCGCGCAGCGGCAUCCGCAGCUGCGUCUGCGACAUUCGCAAUCUUGAACCGUUCCGCGACUACAAAUUUCGCAUUCGCGUAGAAAAUAAAUACGGUAUCAGCGACCCGUCGCCGUUCGCGCAGACCUAUCGCGCUAAGCUCGAGCCGGAACCACCCAAGUUCUUCCCGUAUCUGCCGCCUGGCAUCGAUUUCCGUCCGGAGACCAGUCCCUACUUCCCGAAAGACUUCGACAUCGAACGUCCGCCGCACGACGGCUACGCCCAGGCGCCCAGAUUUCUGCGGCAAGAGCACGACACCCAGUACGGCGUGAAAAACCACAACUGCAAUCUCUUCUGGUUCGUCUACGGCUACCCGAAGCCGAAGAUGACGUAUUAUUUCAACGAUCAGCUGAUCGAGUCGGGCGGCCGGUACGAUCAGAGCUACACCAGGAACGGCCAGGCGACUCUUUUCAUCAACAGAAUGCUCGAGAGAGAUGAGGGUGUUUACGAGGCGGUCGCUACAAAUGAACACGGCGAGGCCAGGCAAAGAGUCAUUCUGAAGUGCGCUGAAUAUCCCACGUUCAUCGAAAGACCCGAUGAGACCAUUGUAAUGGUGAGAAGAACAGGUCAGCUGACUGCUCGCGUGACCGGCGUACCUUAUCCGGAACUCAAGUGGUACAAGGACUGGAAACCUAUUGCUUCUUCUUCCAGAAUCAGGAUUCAGUUCAUCGAGCCCGACAUCACCACCCUUAUCAUUAACGACGCGAUCGCGAAGGACGAAGGUCUUUAUUCGAUCAGCGCGGGCAACGUGGCCGGUUCGAUUUCCUGCUCGGUAAUGCUGCACGUGGAGGAGAACGAGCACGAGUACGGAUACAGAACGUACAAGAAGAAAAUGGACGUAAGACCGCGCGACAAACCGUUUAACGAUCUCUACGAUUUGGGCGACGAACUGGGUCGCGGCACUCAGGGUGUAACUUAUCACGCGGUCGAACGGAACACCGGAAGAAAUUACGCUUCCAAGAUCAUGCACGGACGCGGCGAACUCAAACCGUUUAUGUACAACGAGAUGGAAGCUAUGAACAAUUUGCAUCAUCGCAAGCUUUUGCGACUGCACGACGCUUUCGAGACCAACGACUCGGUCACGCUCGUCGUGGAACUAGCGGCCGGUGGCGAAUUAGCGGACGCUCUCACGAGGCAAGAAUAUUACACCGAAGUAGACAUUGCUCGCUACAUACGUCAGCUGUUGUGGGGAUUGGAAUACAUGCACGACAAUCAUUACGCGCAUCUUGGUCUGACGCUCGGCGAUCUUUUGAUCUCCCACGCCGGAGGAGACGAGUUGAAGAUCGCCGACUUUGGACUCGCCCGAAAAAUUUUGCACACGAAGCUGAUGACGUUGGCGUACGGUAUGCCGGAAUACGUCGCGCCGGAAGUGACCAACAACGAGGGUGUCAGUUAUUCCGCCGACAUGUGGUCCGUCGGUAUCAUCACCUACAUCUUGCUGUCGGGUAUCUCGCCGUUCAGAGGUGCGGACGACAGAGAGACGUUGAGAAAGAUCAGAGAAGGUAGAUGGGACUUUGACGAACGAUGGAAGAACAUCUCGAACGAGGCGCAGGACUUUAUUCGCAGCCUUUUGGUGUACAACGUGGAGGGAAGACUUGACGUCAAGGCCGCCUUGGCGCAUCCGUGGUUCAAUUACAUCGACAACUCGCCGCCGGAACCUUACAGAAUACCUUCCGAAAAUCUCAAGAAUUAUUACAAACUUUAUCGCGACUGGUAUAGCAACGCUUCGUGCCGCACUUGGUACCGCAGACGCAAGCUGGAAACGGCGUUUGAAAACCCGUCGCGAAUGGUUUAUCCACCUGGACACAGGUUCACGCCCGAACCCAGUCAAGACAGAUCGCAUAGCCCGUUGAAGAAACGUUCGCCCAGAACGUGGGAGAAUCAGAUACCGUCCAGAGAACCGAUCGACACGGAAAUCGGAAUUAUACAGAGCGAAAGCCAUUAUCAAAAUGGUCCGGACACAUAUCUUCUGCAACUUCGAGAUACCGAUUUUCCGGUUCGACUGCGCGAAUACAUGAAAGUUGCGUGCAACCGCAGCCCAGGAUUUUCGCGCUCUAUUAACGAAGACAGCGGUUUUGACUGGAGGUCACCGAUUAUACGAGAACGGCGACGAUUCACGGACGUGAUGGACGAGGAGAUCGACGACGAGAGAAGGGCGCGCAUCAACCGAUACGGAUCGGCGGACACGUACACGCUCAGACGUUUGAGAAACGAGCUUGGAACGCGAUUGGACAGUUACGCCGAAGCCGAGGCGAUGAUCGAGUCGAAGAAAGAGGGUCAGCCUCCGUUCUUCCGCGAGAAGCCGCAAAUCUGUCCGAUCGAGGAGGGCAAACCGGCGCAACUUGCCUGUUUGGCCGUCGGGAAUCCGAAGCCACUGAUACAGUGGUUCAAGAACGACAUAAUCAUACAGGAGAACAACAGGAUCAAAGUGACGGAGGACGACGAAGGAAGAUCCAUUCUCAGCCUGAACCCCGCGAAGGAACACGAUAUCGGAAUAUACAAAGUCGUGGCGAGAAAUCCUAUUGGACAGACGGCGGUUAGAACGAGAGUGUUGCAAGCGACCGUUCCUUUCGGUCCGGAUUCUCCGGAGGCGUCGGACGUUGCGGACACGGAAGUUCUUCUUCGCUGGAAGCAGCCGAAGUACGACGGAAACUCGCCUGUUUUGUGUUACAACCUGCAGUAUAAGGAAGGCGACUCGAUCGACUGGAUCGACGUCGGUUCCAACAUCGAUCACGAGUUCUAUCUGGUGCGCAAUUUGAAGCAAGACACGAGCUACAACUUCCGUCUGGCGGCGCGGAAUCGCAUCGGUUGGAGCGAGAAGGGCAUCCCGUCGAAGCUCAUCAAGACGCGACUGCCCGGUUGCCCGAAGGUGCAGAUCACGCGGGCGAUGAGGCAUCUCCAGGAACUGACCGAGGCCGGUCAGGAAAUCGUUCUUGAGGAGGACAAGCCGCACAUCGAUUACUCCGUUGAAGAACAUCCCGUUGAGUGGUCGACGGAGCCGCAACUGUCCGCCAAGUACAGCUUCAUAUCCGAACUAGCCCGCGGCGAAUUCUCCGCGGUGGUAAAGGGCGUGGACAAGAGCACCGAUCGUGUGAUCGUCGCCAAGAUUCUGGAGAUGAACGCCGAAUUGGAGAAGCAGGUGAAUCGCGAGUUCGAGGCGCUACGAUCGCUACGGCACGAGCGGAUAGCCAUGCUGGAAGCGGCGUACAAAGCAACCGGCGUGCCGGUCGCGGUAUUCAUUCUGGAGAAGCUCCAGGGCGCCGAUAUACUCACGUACUUUGCCAGCCGGCACGAAUACACGGAGAAUUGCGUGGCGAACGCGAUCACGCAGAUUCUCGACGGUAUACAGUAUCUGCACUGGCGCGGCUACUCUCACCUGGACAUCCAGCCGGACAACGUGGUGAUGUCGUCGGUGAGGUCGGUGCAGGUGAAGCUAGUCGAUCUGGGUUCCGCUCACAAGGUCAGCAGACUGGGCGCCAGUGUGCCCAAGGAUCUGGGCCAUCCCGAAUACAGAUCGCCCGAGUUGUACAACGAAGAGCCGGUUUAUCCGCAGACGGACAUCUGGAUGGUCGGUGUACUGACCUACGUUCUCCUGUCCGGAGUCUCUCCGUUCCGCGGAAAGGACGCGGACGAAACCAGACAGAACAUAUCCUUCGUCAGAUAUAGAUUCGAGUACUUGUACAAAGAGCUAAGUCAAGAAGCUACCAGAUUUCUCAUGUUGGUCUUCAAACGCGCGCCAAGUAAAAGACCACUGGCGGAGGAAUGCCACGAACACAGAUGGCUACUACCGACCGAGUAUAUGAUUAAGAAACGCGAGAGAGCUGUGUUCCUGGGCAACAGACUGAAGGAAUACAACGAGAAGUAUCACGAAGAAAAAUCAAAGCUAGCUUCCGACAGCGAUAGUUUGGCGAGCGAAAGCUUGUUAGGCUCGAAACAGAAGCUCAUCAGGUCGACUAGUAUACAAGAAGAGUUGCGGACUACGUUCUAACGAUCGAUCUGCGAUUUGUUUUUUUUUUUUUUAUUUAUGUCUACACAUUAUGUACACACAUGCAUUACGUAAACAAAUUACACAGGCGUGUAUACACAUACACACACGACUGUGCGUACGCAUACCAUCUCACGCAUGUGCCUAUUCUAUGCACGAAGAAGAGCGAGAAGGAACAAUGAGAAACGAGAAACACAAAAAAGGAACUUCGCUUUUCUCCUUGUUUUCUCUUUUGUUAUUAUUUAUUUGUUACAACUUGUAAUUAAUAAACUUGUUGUCGCCCGACUGUCGAUAUUUCGCUGCGAUAUCUCGUCGGUGGUCAAAUAACACGAUACAUGAUAUAAAUUUCAGCCGUCCGUUAAUUUUGAUGAAUAAAAUGACGCGUAAAAAAAGAAAUUGUUAGCCUGUACGUACGUAUCAAUAAAUCAAAAUGCACAUUUCAAGUU